ACAUCUAUCAUGGGAUAUGAUGACACAGAUGCCUUUAAGGAAUAAGUAAUGAAAACAAACCUCAGAUCAUUGCGGGAAGCCCAGCAAGACUGUAGCUGUACUGAAGCCUGAGAUCCUGGAAAGAUGUUCCGCUUCUCUGAAGAAGACCUCUCUUGCCCUGUGUGCUGUGACAUCUUCAGGGAGCCCGUGGUCCUGCCUUGUAGCCACAGCUUCUGUAAAGAGUGCGUGAAGACAUACUGGGGCGUACAGGACUCUCGCAUUUGUCCAGUCUGCAGGGUACAGGCUCCUGAGAGCGAGCCCCUUGUCAACCUGAUCCUGAAGAACCUUUGCCAGUCAGCUAUAGAGGAGAGAGACCUGAUGGAGUCCACAGAGCCUGAGUUAAUAGGACUCUGUAGCCAGCACAAUCGAGAGAUCUCUCUGGUCUGUCUUGAGGAUUGCAAGCUUGUCUGCCACGUGUGUCACACCUACGGGGAACACAGGGGUCAUGAGUGCUGUUCGAUCCAAGAAGUGGAGCUGGAACUCAAGGAGAAACUAAAGGGGGCACUAGAUAAUCUGCACAAGAAGUUAAUGAAGUUCCAGGAAGCCAAACACUCCUGCGAUACAACAAUAUUGCAUAUACAGAGCCAGGCCAAGUCCGUGAUAUUGCAUAUUAAGAAGGAGUUCAGGUCCAUUCGUGACUUCCUAUAUGAGGAGGAGGAAGGCAGGAUUUCUGCUGUGAGGAAGGAAGAGCAGAUGAAAAAGGGCAUUAUGGAACAGAAGGCUGAGGAAAUCUCCAGAGAAAUAGAAUCUCUCGUCUGCAAAAUCCGAGAAACUGAGGCAGAGAUGGAAAGUGACAAACUAUCAUUUCUGGAGAACUAUGAAGCCACAAUGAAAAGGGCUGAGUACAGUCUGCCAGAUUCAGAGCUGCUUCCAGGGGCUCUGAUAGAUGUGGCUGGACACCUGGGCAACCUGAAAUUCAGAGUUUGGGAAAAAAUGCAGAGCCUUGUAGAUUUCACUCCUGUGAUAUUGGACCCCAACACAGCCAACAGCUGGCUGGCCCUGUCUGAGGACCUGACCUGUAUGUGGGUCAGAGAUGAGCAGCAGCUGCUACCAGACAACCCAGAGAGGAAUGAAUCUUACCAGUGCGUCCUGGGCUCCGCAGGCUUCAGCGCAGGGACGCACUCCUGGGACGUCAUGGUCGGGGACAGCACACUCUGGGCCCUGGGAGUCACAUACAACACAGCCACUAGGAAGGGAAAGCCUGACCUGAGUCCUGAGGGGGGCCUCUGGACAAUAGCCCUGUAUGAUGGGGUGUACACAGCGCAGACCACACCCUCCACACCCCUCGCUAUCGAGGGGCAACCCAAGGAGAUCAGGGUGCAUCUGAACUGGGAAGAGGGGGAGGUGACUUUCACUGACCUAACGGACAACGCCCAUCUGUACACUUUCAAACACACCUUCACUGAAAGGGUAUUCCCAUACUUUGCUCACGGCUGUAUAUCGGGCCCUCUGUAUUUACAACCUUCCGAGGUGUCUGUCGUUGUGGAAAGCCAUGAGCAGUGUGAAGAUGCAAUAUAGGUUAUUCACUUUUUAUCAUGUGAUGUGGUUAUUUAGUAGACAAUGGGCCAGUUUCACAGCACUGACUGCAGACUAAGCCUUGUCCUAAAUUUAAUUCCUAGAAAUUUGAGUCCUAGAUUAAGCUUAAUCAUACAAAAUCAUACAAUAGGCUGCCUUCAUAGGUCCCACUACAAAUAAGCUUUGCUACUGCUAUGCCUGUAAAGCACAUAAAUAUUACACAGAAUGGGGACAGUCAUAUGGUCAGACAUGUUGCCCUCUCUAGUAAUGCAUUCCUAAGGACAUAAGCAUUGAUUUGUUAAAAUGAACACAUAUUGCCUUAAAACAAGACUUUUACUUCAAAAAUAGAAACAUGUCUUAUUUUUCCAUUACGUAAAAAUAUGUUACUACACUGUAGAUGGGAGAUUGGGAUAUAUGUUGUCAUAUGUUUAUUUUUUGUAUGUUUAUUGUUAUUAUAUAUAUUUAGCCUUUUCUAUCUUAUAUUGUCUCAAUAAAGUGUAACCUGGGGUUAUGGGUUUCAUGUGGGUAUCAUGUUAGCUUUAUUGUAUUUCUAAAAAUUGACAGCAAUGGUCCAGAUUUUCAUGGUCUCUAUUUUCAAACUUGAGGAAUAUCUUAGAAGUUGUGGGCUACCAUCCAAUCAAUCAAGCAGUCAAGCAAUCAAUAAAUAAAUCAGUAAUUGUA